AUGUUUCUUUUGGUAAGACAUUUUCUGAUUGAUUUGACUUUCUUUAUUCCAUCUUUCUUUUCCAUUCUCUUUAUUUUUUGUCCUUCACUAUGCUUACUCAUGAUUGUUCUUUGUGUUCUUUCUCUUUUUAAUUUGUUUCCCCCUUUUUCUUCACUUCUUUUUUCUUUUCUUUGGUUUCUACUCCCUUUCUUUUCUUUCUUCUUCUUUUACCUUCUCUCUUCGUCUUGUACCUUUUCCUUUCUCUCUUCUUUCCGCCUUCUACUCCCAUUCUUUCUUUUCCUCUUAUUUUCUUUUAUCUUUUCUUUCCGUCUUCUAGUCUCUUUCUUUUCUUUUCCUCUUCUUUUCUUUUAUCUCUUCAUUCCGUCUUCUUCUCCCUUUCAUUUGUUUUCUCUCUUCUUUCCGUCUUCUACUCCCUUUCUUUUCCUGUCCCCUUCUCUUACUUACUUUCUUCUUUCCGUCUUCCACUCCUUUUCUUUUCCUUUCCCUUUCUUUUACUUUUUCUCUUCUUUCCGUCUUCUACUCCCUUUCUUUUCCUUUUCUCAUUUUUUACUUUUUCUCUUCACCUUUCCCAUUCCUUUUUAG